CGUGUAUAGCUAGUACGAAGUAUCAAAGUAUAUGCGGUCGGUCACUCGGCGUCUGUGUCUUGGGCGGGUCGGUAUCGCCGCUCGUCCGUUCGCGUGUGUUGUGGUGAAUUGUGUUGUGGGAGCUACGCUGAGCCGCCGCUCGCGUUUCUCAGAUUCGGGCAAAGCCCGGCCGCAUCGCGGCUAGUGCAGUUGUAUAUCGUCAGUACCGUUUGUUAGUGAUCUGAGUGAGCAGUGUAGCUAUCGGUGAAGUGUCCAGUGAGUGCUAUGGCGACGUUCACCGGGCUCACGGUCCUCGUCGCGCUGCUUGUCGGAGCAGUGCGAUGCGAGGACGAGACGAUCGGACCGAUAUUCAUGAAGGAACCCCCGAACCGAGUGGACUUCAGCAACACGACCGGAGCUGUAGUGGAAUGCGCCGCCCGAGGAUCCCCCGCCCCCGACGUCAUUUGGGUACGAGCUGAUGGAACUGCUGUUGGAGACGUUCCCGGAUUGCGACAGGUCUUACCGAAUGGAAAUCUGGUGUUCCCUCCAUUCAGAGCUGAGGAUUAUCGGCAAGAGGUCCAUGCCCAAGUUUACGCCUGUCUGGCAAGGAACCCCGUCGGAACCAUUCACUCCAGAGAUGUUAACGUGCGAGCUGUGGUUUCUCAAGCAUAUGCUGUAAAUUUAAUGGAGGAGUAUGUCCUUAGAGGAAAUGCGGCUAUUUUAAAGUGCCAUAUACCCAGUUUCGUAUCGGAGUACGUCAAUGUUAUAUCUUGGAUUGUGAGUGAAGGCGAAGAAGAAGCUGAAAUUAAUCUCGAAUCUGAUAUUAAAAUCAAUGAUGGCAAAUAUUUAGUUCUACCAUCUGGUGAAUUGCAUAUUCGAGAUGUUGGACCUGAAGAUGGCUACAAAUCGUAUCAAUGUAGAACUAAACAUAGACUUACCGGAGAGACACGUUUAUCGGCUACCAAAGGACGUUUAGUUAUUACUGAACCUACGAAUAAAAUUGCGCCUCGAGGCGAUAAAAGCCGCAAAUUCGAGGGUGGUGAAAUAUUCUUAGUUUCUCUAUCACAAUCCGUCUAUCUAACGUGCGAAGUUGCCGGAUAUCCGCCUCCGAUUUUUAGAUGGUACAAAUUCAUAGAUGGCUCUGCAAGAAAACAGCCAGUAGCAUUGAAUGACAGAGUUAAACAAGUUUCGGGAACACUUAUCAUUAAAGAGGCUAAAGUUGAAGACUCGGGAAAAUAUCUAUGUGUAGUGAACAACUCUGUUGGUGGUGAAUCUGUUGAAACCGUUCUAACCGUAACAGCUCCAUUGAAAGCCGCGGUAGAACCGGCAACGCAAACUGUUGAUUUUGGCCGCCCCGCCGUGUUCACUUGCAGAUAUGAAGGAAACCCUGUAAAAACUAUUACUUGGCUCAAGGACGGCAAGGACAUGAACCAUCAUGACCCCAUUUUAAGGAUCGAAUCAGUAAAGAAGGAAGACAAGGGCAUGUACCAAUGCUUCAUCAGGAACGACCAGGAGAGUGCUGGUGCCAGCGCGGAACUUAAACUUGGAGGACGAUUUGAACCACCACAGAUCCGUCACAGCUUCGGCGAACAAACCCUCCGGUCCGGUCCGUCCCUGCGGCUCAAAUGCGUUGCAUCUGGCAAUCCCACUCCUGAUAUCGCGUGGCAACUCGACGGCGAGAAGCUCAACAGCGGCGAACGUCUCCAGAUCGGACAGUUCGUCACCGCCGACGGCAACGUUGAAUCUCAUCUGAACAUUUCUUCCGUACACCCCAACGAUGGAGGCUUGUAUUCUUGCAUCGCAUCCAGCAAGGUUGGUAGCGCAUCUCACUCGGCCCGCGUGAACGUAUACGGCAUGCCCUACGUCCGCACCAUGAAGAAACGCCCCGUGGUCGCCGGAGACACCCUCAUCGCUCACUGCCCCGUGGCCGGAUACCCCAUCGACUCCAUCGUCUGGGAACGAGAUGGCCGUGUUCUACCAAUCAAUCGCAAACAGAAAGUAUUCCCCAACGGCACCCUUGUUAUCGAAAACGUCGAGCGAAUGAGCGACCAAGCGACGUACACUUGCGUGGCUAAGAACUCUCAGGGUUACAGCGCAAGAGGAACUCUCGAAUUGCAAGUUAUGGUUCCACCCUUGGUAGUGCCAUUCAGUUUCGGGGAGGUGCCUUCCAACCCUGGAGAUGCUGUGGUAGUGAACUGCGUUGCGACUAAAGGAGAUCUGCCACUUGAGAUAUCUUGGACAUUCAGCAGCGAAACUAUCGACUCAAGUUUACAUCGAGACAUAAUGACUACCCCGCUGGGCCCCCGAGCCUCUGUUCUCACGAUCAACUCCGUCAGUGCAAAUCAUCAGGGGAAUUACACGUGUAUUGUCCAAAAUGCGGCCGGUCGCGCCGAACACGCAGCAACUCUAGUCGUAAAUGUGCCCCCACGUUGGAUACUAGAACCAACCGAUAAAGCUUUUGCUCAAGGUUCAGAUGCUAAAGUCGAAUGUAAAGCCGACGGCUUCCCCAAGCCUCAAGUCACAUGGAAGAGGGCUGAAGGGGACACGCCUGGCGAUUACAAAGACCUUAAACCCAAUAACCCUAACGUAAAAGUCGAGGAUGGAACACUUAUGAUUGCCAAUAUCCAAAAAACGAAUGAGGGAUACUACUUGUGCGAGGCUGUCAAUGGAAUCGGAUCAGGACUGUCUGCUGUUAUUUUGAUUAGCGUUCAAGCACCACCCCAAUUCGAAAUUAAGAUGAGAAACCAAACUGCACGCCGAAGUGAACCAGCUGUCUUACAGUGCCAAGCUAAGGGUGAAAAGCCAAUCGGGAUCAUCUGGAACAUGAACAACAAACGCCUGGAACCCAAGUCCGACCCACGCUAUACGAUCCGCGAAGAGAUCCUGCCCGGCGGAGUCGUGUCCGACCUCAGCAUCCGCAGAACCGAACGGUCCGACAGCGCUCUGUUCACCUGCGUCGCCACUAACGCUUUUGGCUCCGACGAUACUAGCAUCAACAUGAUCAUUCAAGAGGUACCCGAAGCACCAUAUGGCCUGAAAGUUCUGGACAAAUCUGGAAGGACUGUACAACUCUCCUGGGCGGCACCUUACGAUGGCAACUCACCGAUUAAGAAGUUCCUUAUUGAGUACAAACGCGCUAAGGGCAAUUGGGAAAAGGAUAUUGACAGAGUAUUGGUACCUGGAGACGCGACUGAAGCUGGAGUGUUUAGCUUGCGACCUGCCACCGCUUACCACAUCAGGAUCGUAGCGGAGAACGAACUGGGAACUUCUGAGCCGUCCGAGACCGUGACCAUCAUCACUGCGGAAGAAUCCCCCACCGGCAUGCCUCAGGAUGUGAAGGUGGACGCCGUGGACAAACAUACUCUCCGUGUCACGUGGAAACCCCCUCAGCCUCAGGACUGGAAUGGUGAACUCCAAGGAUACUAUGUCGGUUACAAACUAGCUUCAAGCAACAAGUCGUUCGUUUUUGAAACCGUUGACAUCUCAAAGGAAUCUGGAAAGGAACACCAUUUGGAUAUUUUCAACCUGAAGACAUACACGCAAUACGCCAUCGUCGUUCAAGCGUUCAACAAGAUGGGGUCCGGGCCAGUGUCCAACGAAGUGCGCGCCUACACCGCGGAAGGGGCUCCCUCAGCGCCGCCACAAGACGUGCUGUGCACCACGCUCACUGCGCAGACCAUCCGCGUGUCGUGGGUGUCGCCGCCGCUCGCCGCCGCCAACGGCCUCAUCAAAGCGUACAAGGUCAUCUACGGACCCAGCGAGACCUGGUAUGACGAGAAAACCAAAGACACCAAGAUCACAGCCAGCAGCGAAACCAUUCUCCACGGCCUGAAGAAGUUCACCAACUACUCUAUGGAAGUGUUAGCGACCACUAACGGAGGCGACGGUGUGCGAUCUGUCCCUAUUCAUUGCCAGACUGAACAAGAUGUUCCCGAAGCUCCCCGCGCCGUCAAAGCCCUAGUAAUGGCAGCUGAUUCGAUCCUCGUGUCGUGGAGACCGCCAGCGCAGCCCAACGGUGUUGUCACUCACUACAACGUGUACACUCAGGCGCAGAACGCCGAACCUCAUCCCAACAAGGUACCUGCAUCUCAAACAAGCUACUCAGCGACGGAACUGAAGGCCGGCCGCUACGACUUCUGGGUGACUGCUUCCACUAUCAUCGGCGAAGGACAACCCUCAGCCACCGCCUCUUGCAGCCCCAGCGACAAAGUACCCGCCAAAAUCGCUUCAUUCGACGAAUCGUUCACUUCUACCUACAAGGAGGACGUCAAACUGCCUUGCCUAGCUGUCGGUGUUCCUCCGCCUAACAUUCUCUGGAAGGUGAAAGGCCACCCGCUCGAGGCGUCGGAGCGCGUGCGCCAGCUGCCCGAGGGCUCGCUGCAGAUCGCGGGCGUGGCGCGCGAGGACGCGGGCGAGUACUCGUGCCACGUCGACAACCAGUUCGGCACCGACACCGUCACGCACACGCUCUCCGUACUUGCACCCCCCUUCCCCCCACAAUUGACCAUCGCUUCGUCCUCUGUAUCGUCUCUGACGCUGCGUCUGAAGCCAUCCUUGGAAGCCGAGCAGUCGCCCGCCGCCGGAUACACCAUUCACUACAAACAGGAGUUCGGAGACUGGGAGACUGUACAGAUUCCAAGCAACACCGACACCUACACUUUGGAAAACUUGUUCUGCGGAUCCAGAUAUCAGCUCUAUGUCACUGCAUACAAUGGAAUCGGCACCGGCGAAGCCUCUGACGUAGUGAUCGCCCGCACUCGCGGCUCCAAGCCCCCCGUGCCGCGCGCCGCCGACUUCAUCGAGGUGGGCUCGUCGUCCGUCACUCUACACCUCAAGCAAUGGCUGGAUGGAGGAUGCCCCAUGAGCCACUUCGUCGUUGAGAACAAAAAGAAGGGUGCCGCUGAAUGGAACCAGAUCUCGAACGCUGUGAAACCUGGCGGCAACUUCGUCGUGCUCGAUCUGGAACCCGCUACGUGGUACGUGCUUAGGAUCACCGCACACAAUAACGCCGGAUUUAACGUCGCUGAAUACGAGUUCGCCACUCUCACCAUGACUGGAGGAACCAUCGCACCUUUGCCUGGAAACGCUGCCGAUAAGGAACUCCCUCAAUGGGUGAAGGCGUGGCUUGAACCUGAAGUGUUGGUGCCGAUCCUGGCCACAGUCGUGGUCUUCAUAGUGGGCAUGGUGGUCAUAUGUCUGACAUUGGCGCGCAGGAACACGCCGCACCGCCUGCGAGGUCAGAAGGAACUGUACUACGACGCAGUGUACAACGCAUCGGGCGCAGCGCUCGGGCCCGGCGGCACUCUGGACAAACGCGGCGGCCUUCGCGACGAGCUCGGCUACAUCGCGCCCCCCAACCGCAAGCUGCCCCCUGUACCCGGCUCCAACUACAACACUUGCGACCGCGUCAAGCGACAGGCUGUCAUUAUGGGCGCGCACUCCACGUGGGACCCGCGGCGGCAUCACUAUGAGCGCGUGCGCAGGCCGCGCAUGCGCCGCACCGGCUCCGGCGACACCAUCUCUACAGGCAUGGAAGACGAGAUCUGCCCGUACGCCACAUUCCACCUGCUAGGCUUCCGCGAGGAGAUGGACCCCAGCAAGGCGAUCGCGUUCCCGCACCACCACCCGUCGCACGCCGGCACCCUCGCGCACCCCCACCAGCACCCGCACCACCCCGCGCACUCGCGCGCCGGCUCCCAAAGCAUGCCACGUGCCAACAGCCGCUACGCCCGCAAGAACUCUCAAGGUGGACAGAGCGCCAUUUACUCCACGGCUCCCGAAUACGACGACCCUGCCACUUGCGCUGAAGAGGACCAAUACCGCGCCCGCUAUUCCCGCCCGAUGUACGCAUGCGGCCCCGAGUACGACGAGCCCGCGUGCUGUGCGCCCGAGGACGAGCAGUACACCGGCGCCUACGGCACGCCUUACUCCGACCACUACGGCUCCCGGCCCAGCAUCGGAACUCGCAAAUGCGGCAGCUCCCCCGAGCCUCCCCCACCCCCUCCCCGCAACGCCAACAACGACAACAACUGCUCGUCCUCCUUCAACGAGAGCAAGGACUCCAACGAGAUCUCCGAAGCCGAAUGUGACCAGCCACGCAACUAUCCCGUAAGGGCCCACAAUGCCAAGGACGGCUUGCACGGCGACGAAAUGAGGAAACUCAUUGACAGACCAGAAGCAACCACCCCAAUCCCCCAGCAAGCAGUCCACGGGCGGGGGGGACUCACAGCCUACGAUACUGUGGCAGUGUAACUUGUAAACAGCUCCGUCGCACACCGGGGGAACCUUUUUAAGCGUCUAGUUUAAAUGCUCGCGGCCCUGUCGACGCAAUUCGUCGGCUUUUUUCAAUAAUUUAUUAAAUUUCGUCGCACGGUACAGCGAUUACGCUCCGCUCUCGCGAUUUCGUUGCAUCGCGAUUGCGUAUCGACAAGGCGGCGAUCGGUCAUGCCAAAUUCGUUUUUGUAAAUUUUGAAACCGGUGUGUCGCCCUAUUUCAUUUAGUAUCGACUGAGUUGGCUAGAUUUCAUUCGUUUAACGUUAUGCACGUUUGUGCCAUAAGUCAUUUCGUUUGACCCCUACUGUUGUACAAGGUCGCAGGAUUGGGUGCGUCGCCCGGAGUUCGCUCGCCCUCCCCGUAGACGUCACGUCACUUUUUAUAGUGUUACCAUUCGAAACAGAAAAUUAUGGUUGUGGUAGUUAAUUCAAAUUGAUAUAUUUCCUUUAGAAAGGUGACGUGUUACCAAUGAAAUUAUCUAACAAGAAACUUACCGCCGCGCACCCAAUUUGGAUUGAUUUGCACAUUUGUACAGCGGAGUGGUGGAUUUAUAUUUUGAUCUUAUUUGUUUAGCUUAAUUUAAAAUGAACGGACGCGACUGUAGUUUGACGGCAAUUGGGGUGUUUAACGUAUGUUUAAAUUAAGCUCAACAUGUAAUAAUGUGAUAUUUUGAAUUUUUUACCCAUUUAUUUUAUUUGUACUAACAUUUAACGUUAUUUAUAUUUGUGUAUUUUUAAGAUCACUUUUAAUUAAGUAACCCACGACCGUACGGUCGGUUCGAUGCUUCCUUUUUGAUGUUACAGUUUUCGUGAUGCUUUUUACCAUUUACGUUAAUGCCAUGUCAUUUUUUUUAUAUUGUGUAGUGAAUUUUGAUGUUUUCAUUGUGUUUACAUAAACUUCCUAAGAUAAGUGUAGAUAUAAGGGCAUCUUAUUAGUAAUUAAUCAACUCUUUGAAAACAAAAUACUAUGUAACCAGUAGCUAGUGAUGUAAGUACAUGCAUUAUUAAAUUUUCAGUACCUAUGUAUACCUAACAAUAAGUAACUAUACAUAAAAAUUAUCAUAAUCUUAUGACUACCCUGUUAAUUUACUCGAGCUACAUAACUUUGUAUACUGCCAAUAAUUCAUUACAGACACGAAAGGUUGAAAGCAUUUUAUAUGACUUAUAUUUAUACCCUUGUGAGGUGCAUUUUAAUUAUUCGAUAAAUAAUCGUCAUCUAUAAUAUAUCUCUAUAAUAUGCGAACGAUUUAGGUAUAAGACACGCGAGGUGUCAUUUUCUAGAUGUCUUCUUAUAUGUUGUGACAUCGUGUACGCUUUGCAACGUAGGCUUGUAGAUAGGUUAUCGCGACUUCCUAGAAACCGAUCUCUUCUCUAAACCUUCCAAUUAGAAAUUUUGGACUUAUAAAAUUUUAGUAAAAAAAAAAUCUAUUAUGAAAAUUUUAAAAUUAAGAAUAUUCCAAAUUAUAAUGUAAACUAUUCGAUGAAUAUCUACAUUUAAGCGUUUAACAGCCAAAUAUCGCCACCUUGACGGGAUUGAUUUUGUAACCUAACAUUUUUCAAUGUUUUUGCUUCGAGUGCUGCGUUUGCGCUUAGUUGAAAGGCGUUUUUUUUUUGUAAAAUAAACGAUAUUGCUAAUUGCAAAUAACUGUUUGUACCAAAGUGUUUGAAUUGUGUUGAAUAAAGUACUCAUAUUUCAACUACGAA